AUCACUAGCCAGCACCAAGGACAAUAUGUUCAAGUUCGAUGUGGAGAAGCAACAAUUCGGUUUGAAGCCAAUGAAUUGUCCAGGCCAUUGCCUCAUGUUCGCCAAGGAGACCCGUUCGCAUCGUGACCUUCCGCUGCGGUUCGCCGAUUUCGGUGUACUUCACCGUAACGAAUUUUCCGGUGCUCUUUCAGGCUUGACUCGUGUGCGGCGAUUUCAACAAGAUGAUGCACAUAUUUUUUGUCGCGAGGACCAAAUCAAAGAAGAGAUCAAAAGUUGUCUGGACUUUCUUCGUCAUGUGUAUGGCGUGUUUGGUUUCAAAUUUGAUCUGUACCUUUCGACACGGCCAGACAAAUUCAUGGGAGAGAUUGAAAUGUGGAAUCGCGCGGAGCAGCAACUGAAAGAAAGUAUGGACGAGAUGGGUUUGCCAUGGCAGCUGAAUCCCGGUGACGGAGCUUUCUACGGUCCGAAAAUCGACAUCACCCUCAUGGAUGCACUACAACGUCGACAUCAGUGUGCAACCAUCCAGUUGGACUUCCAGAUGCCAGUCCGGUUCAAUCUUGUAUAUGCUUGCGAAGCCGAUCCGUCUGUUAAACCCUGCGAAAACGGAGAAAUUAACCACGUGCCGUCAAUGGCGCAUCACGAGGCGAAUGUGCGUCGUCCAGUCAUCAUUCACCGUGCCAUUUUGGGCUCAGUCGAGCGCAUCAUGGCUAUCCUCACCGAAUCUUAUGCCGGUAAAUGGCCUUUUUGGCUCAGUCCACGCCAGGCCCUCGUAGUCCCUGUCACCUCUGCAUUUGACGCUUACGCUACCGCUAUUCGAGACCGUUUACAUGAUGCCGGAUUUCUUGCCAGUGUAGACACUGACCCCGGUCGCACCUUGAACAAAAAAGUCCGCACUGGCCAACUAUCACAAUACAACUUCAUACUUGGUAAGGAUUUGAACAAUUCUGUUCCAACGUUAUGUUCCCAUCUUUGUCGUUAA